CUGUUAAGCCGGGGUUGCAUAAACAAAGCGUUCAGUUGCGUACCGAGUUGUAAACAUUACCAGAUGUUUUUGGCAAGGAUUCCACAAUGGUUUACGCAUUUCCACACGUUACAAGCAUGUUAAGGCUAAAUUUAUUACCAAAAACGAACGGAAGAUUCUUCUCUUCCGCGCUCUACUUAACCGGUGAUAAGGCUCGGGAGCAGUUCGCUGUGCUCGUUCCCUACCUCGACUUCAAGCACAAACUGGGUGAUUUUGAACGAUUGAAACGAAACGUGCGUCUGCGAAGGUAUCAACAACAACUCGAUUGCGAUAAUCUCAUACGCCAAUGGGAAAUGUAUCGGGAGGUGGAAAAGCGCAAGAAGGAAAUAGAACAGUGCCGAAUAGAGCUUCAGAAGCGGAUCCAACAAACGAGCUGUAAGGAGGAACAGAAGCAGCUCAAAUCCAGGGCCAUCCUAGCACGCGAUGACUUGAAAAUGCUCAAAGAGCAAAGCUACAAAGUGGCCGACGCAUUCAUUGCCAACAGUUUCCUAUCCAUACCAAAUGAUCUUCACCAGCGCACGCCGGAAGACGAAUGCAAAUGUAUAUACGAGAAACCAGUACCUGCGAGGAUUGAUCGUGCUGCUACCAACGUUGAUCGACUUCAGGAACAACUUGAACAGUUUGGCCAAACCUGCCUUUACAUGACGGGAGAUGCGGCCUGGAUGGACCUCCGACUACCGAUGCAUUGUUGUGAAACGUUCCGGCAAAACAAUUGCAUCCUCUUCUGCAAUCCCGACUUUGUACGCAGUUUUCUCGUCGAGGCCGCCAUGGUAAGCAAGGAGUCGCUGUUCCUGGUACGGGAAGACGAUGAACUGGAGGACAAGGUGAACCUGCUGCAUCUGUGUGGCGGAGGCUCGUUACUAAGCUUUCUCGGAUACUUUACCAAACUGUCCGUGUUUCCUUCUGCCCUGCCAUUGCGGCUAGUUGCCAGCGGUAAGCGUUACCAUUUCCAGCAAACGCAAUCGAACGAAGUGCACGUGUUCGGUGCCUGCAAAACAUCUCAGGAAGCGGAACAAAUGUUUGACGAUAUGGUGCAAAUCUACAAACGAUUCUACGAUCAGCUCCCCAUCGGCUAUCGGCUCGUACAGGUGGCGGCACCCAAUCUUCGACCAAUCGAAUCGAUGCGCGUAGAUGUGGAAGUGUUUGAUGCCCGGAACGAAAGGUACGUAAAGGUGGCCGAACUGGGAUACUAUACGGAUUUUCUCAGCAAACGAAUUGCGUUCAUCUACCACGAAGGGAAGGUGCAACACUUUCCUCACGUGAUCGCGGGCACUGCGAUGAGCUCGGUAGAGUUGAUCAAGCUGUUUCUAGGCAACGGUGUAACGCUGGCAGAUUUACCGAUGAUAAACACAUUCGCCGAGCAGAAAUAAAUUGUUAGUAGCCAUGAUGGUUCCAUGCCAGUUGGAUAGAAAUUUAA